AUGGGUUACAUCCAAAUCCCCGGUGAAGGGAGGGGAACCAGGAGCCCGUAAAGGAGGUUGACCACCGCGAGUGACCAGGAUCCACUUGGGAUGAACUGGGGAGGUCACUGACCCAUGAGAAGCUCAGGCCUCUGGGCUGCAUCCUUAGAGUUUACAGGUUGGAGCAAACUUGCCUAGCCUCGCAGGCGCGCCCAAGUUCACUGCCCAGCCCGCGCGUGCAAGCGCAAAAGGGUGAAGAGCUCUGCUCCUGGCUCUGCACACCCUGAGCUGCCAGGCGGCAAGGGAGGGGGCGGGCGGCGAGAGGGGGUUGUUGAGCGCGCAGGUCCCGCCUCCCCUGGCCCGCGUGCACACACGCCCACCGCGGCUGGGCUGGUGGAGCGCGGGCGAGUGUGAGCACAGGCGAGUGUGAGCGCGAGUGUGCGCACGCCGCGGGAGCCACUCUGCCCUCUCUUCGCACCCUGCUCAGGGCAUCUCGAGAGCCUGGAAACGUGAACAGGCUUAAAGUAUGGCAUGUUGCGAAGAUGGUUUCUGUCCAGAAGGUACCCGCGAUUGCGCUGUGCUCCGGGGUCAGUUUCGCCCUCCUGCACUUCCUGUGCCUGGCGGCUUGUUUAAACGAAUCCGCAGGACAGAACCCAAAGGAGGAGAAAUUGUGCCCAGAAAAUUUUACCCGCAUCCUGGACAGUUUGCUGGAUGGUUAUGACAACAGGCUGCGUCCUGGAUUUGGGGGUCCUGUUACAGAAGUGAAAACUGACAUAUAUGUCACCAGCUUUGGACCUGUUUCUGAUGUUGAAAUGGAAUACACAAUGGAUGUGUUCUUCAGACAGACAUGGAUUGACAAAAGACUGAGAUAUGAUGGCCCCAUUGAAAUUUUGAGAUUAAACAAUAUGAUGGUAACCAAAGUUUGGACCCCUGAUACUUUCUUCAGGAAUGGAAAAAAAUCUGUCUCACAUAACAUGACAGCUCCAAAUAAGCUUUUUAGAAUUAUGAGAAAUGGCACUAUUUUAUACACGAUGAGACUCACCAUAAGUGCUGAGUGUCCCAUGAGAUUGGUGGAUUUUCCUAUGGAUGGUCAUGCAUGUCCUUUGAAGUUUGGGAGUUAUGCUUAUCCAAAGAGUGAGAUGAUUUACACCUGGACCAAAGGUCCUGAGAAGUCAGUAGAGGUGCCAAAGGAGUCUUCUAGCUUAGUUCAAUAUGACCUGAUUGGGCAAACUGUAUCGAGUGAAACUAUUAAAUCUAUUACAGGUGAAUAUGUGGUUAUGACAGUUCACUUCCACCUCCGCCGGAAGAUGGGCUACUUCAUGAUCCAGACAUACAUUCCCUGCAUUAUGACAGUAAUCCUUUCUCAAGUUUCAUUCUGGAUAAAUAAGGAAUCUGUUCCAGCUAGAACUGUAUUUGGAAUAACCACAGUCCUCACGAUGACCACACUAAGCAUCAGUGCACGGCAUUCUUUGCCCAAAGUGUCCUACGCAACUGCCAUGGAUUGGUUCAUAGCUGUCUGCUUUGCUUUUGUAUUUUCUGCUCUGAUUGAGUUUGCUGCUGUCAACUAUUUCACCAAUAUUCAAAUGCAAAAAGCCAAAAAGAAGACAUCAAAACCUCCUCUAGAAAUUCCCGCUGCUCCUGUGCUGAAAGAGAAGCAUCCAGAAGCAUCCCUGCAGAAUACACAUGCCAAUUUGAACAUGAGGAAAAGAACAAAUGCCUUGAUCCAUUCGGAAUCCGAUGUCAGCAACAAAACUGAGGUGGGAAACCAUUCCAACAGGCCUGCCCCAGUCCAGGAAUCUUCUGAAGCCACAGCUAAGGCAGACCUGGCUUCCAGUCCAAACCCAUUCAGCCGGGUAAAUGCAGCUGAAACUAUAUCCGCUGCCAGAGCCCUUCCGUCUGCAGUCUCUCCUACUUGUGGAACUACAAGUAUCCCACGGCCAGCUUCAGCUGGAUCUGCUUCUACUCGCCCAACCUUUGGGUCCAGACUGGGGCGAAUUAAGACCACAGUUAAUGCCGCAGGGACUGCUGGGAAGGUGUCAGUCAUGCCUCCUCCUUCUGCUCCACCACCUUCCGGAUCUGGCACAAGUAAAAUAGACAAAUACGCUCGUAUUCUCUUUCCUGUCACAUUUGGAGCAUUUAAUAUGGUCUACUGGGUUGUUUAUUUAUCUAAGGACACCAUGGAGAAAUCAGAAAGUCUAAUGUAAUUUUGUUGCUAUAGUAAUUUCCUAAAAGAUGAUGAAAAUGCAGACUGUCUUUUUAAAUGUUUUUAAAUAUAAGUAUUCUUUACUAAAAUAAAAAUUCUAUGUAAUUUUUCCAAUUAAAAAAUACAAGCCAGAUAUUGAGAGAGUUAAUUAACUCCUCAAUGAUGAGAAAGUGAACCACCUUUCUUUUGAGAAUGACGGUUUUUAAAGAAAUCUAUUGAGUGUUCAAAUUAGAUAGAAUACAGACCAUCAUGGAAAGUGGGAACAAGAGAAAUAAGGCCAGUGGUGAUAUCCGAUGCAUAUUUUUGCACUGAAAU